AUGGCGACUGAGGAGUACGACCUCGCGGACAAGAACGGGCUAGCAGACUUCCUCGAACAUGCGGACAUCCAGCUGGGCGGUCCGGGCAAGCGGAGGAUGACCAAGGAUGCUCUCCACAUCAUCGUCAGGAACCUUAAAGGCGAUCGAUUUACUGUGGACAUGCUCCAGGACAUCUUGAAAGAAGUUGUCCCCGAUCGCGAGGGCUUGCUGAGCUGCGAGGACCUGGCGCGCUGCCUCCGCCGCCCGGAUCCAGCUCCGGAGCCCCAAGAGUCCAAGCGCUUCGACCUGGCUCAGAAGCAGGGGCUGGCGGACUUCUUGAAAGAUGCGGACAUCCGCUUGGUGCGGGCCGACUUCAUUCUGAAGCUGUACCAGGUAGGACAGCGGCUGCCACGCCGUCAGGAAGCGGAGUCGGCCUACGUGGACGGUUGGACUGCACUUGUGACGCACGAGGAGGUCCAAGCCUGGGCCGAUGGCAAGGCGCCUGAAGGCACCCAGGUAGUCUCGCUGUCCCACUGCUGGGAGUCGCGGGAACACUGUGACCCCUACGGAUACCAAGUUUCCAAACUAGCCAAGGCUCUCACGGGAAAGGAGUGGCUUUUCAUAGACUACGUAUCUCUGUAUCAAUUCCAGCGACUCUCCCGGAAGCAGAACGUCAGCUUCCGGCGCGCGAUGCAGCACAUGCAUGUGCUGUACUGCCACGACAAGACGAGCACCCUCCGAAUUGAGUCCCUGACGCCGGAAGCGGACAUAGCAGAAGCCGAGCGCAACCAAGAUUGUGUGGUGAUGUAUCACCACCCGACCGGCCUGGUGAAGCCAGUGCCGGUCACUGAGUUGGUUAAAAACCGCACACCGUACAAGCAGCGGGGUUGGUGUGCCGCUGAGAGGGAGUGGUCGAGUACUCGCACAGCCACCAACCUUUCGCGUGAAGUAGAUGAGCCCGAAGGCGAGAAAGGGGGAAUCGCCCCGAUGGUGCCGGAGGCGUUUCGAGAGAACGUCGCGCACCAACUCAAAUUCACGCAUUUAGAUGACGUAGAGACCGUCUGCAGAUUGCAAGCGGAAGUGUACAAAGAGAAGGCCGCGAUGUGCAGGAACCUGCGGCUCGUAGAUUUGGGUGCAGACGCACUCGACAUCGCCCUGUCGGCGCUCGAGCGCUACCCGGUGCUGGAGAGCCUGGAGAUCGUCCGCUGCGAGCUCGGCCAGAAGCUCCAGCUCCUGCCGAAGGAGAUCAAGCUUCGGCAGCUCCACCUGCAGCAGAACGAGCUGUUUGAGGACGGCAGCCGCCAGGUCAUUCAGGCCUUGGCUUUGGAGUCCAACACGACGCUUGUGGCUCUGAGCCUCAGCCACGUCGAUGUCGCUGGUGUCAAGGCUUUGGCCGAGGGGGUCAAGCAGAAUCGGACCCUCAAGCAGCUGAGCCUUACGGGAGCCAACCUUCAAAUUGCGGAGGAAGGCGCUUUCGCCCUUCUUGAGGCGCUCCGGAUGAGCGGGGUCGAAGCCCAGCUCCAGCUCAGUCUGAACGACGACUCAGGCGAGGCCGCCGUGGCAAUGGCCAGGGCCCUCCGGACCGGCCAGGUGCGAGGCCACGUCGCCCACUCGGUGGUGGAGUUUUUGGUCGAGCUGGAGGACGACGAGUUCAAACAGCUGGAGGAGGAGAGGAAGCUCAGGCUCGAUCUCAAAGGCAGAGAGCGGUUCCAGCGCCUCUUCGAGCCGCUUUGCCGAGCCCUGCGAGCGAAGCUCCCUCUCCGAGAGCUCCUGCUCGGGCUCCGGCUCUCCGGCCACGGCGCCUCCGGCCCCCGGCGGGCUUUCUUUGCGCAAAGCAAUGACGAGGCCCGGGGCCUGGCCACGGGCCUCCAGCAGCAAAAGGAGCUGGAGCGGCUGUGGUUGGAUCUGCGGAGCAACUCCCUGGGCCAGGCCGGCGCCACUGCAGUGCUGGAGGGGGUGCGGCAGCUGCCGCAGCUCACCAAACUCUGGGUUGAUCUGCGAAAUAACAAGCUCAGCGAGGAGGAGAAGAAGAAGCUCCAAGCCACCUUCGAUGCGCUGCCGGCGGCCGAGAAGGGGAUCCGCCUGUGA